AUGGAGGAGGCAUCCCAAAUGAUAGGAGUAUUUCAAGUUCUACCAAAGCUCGUUGUUUUCGACCUCGAUCACACUCUUUGGCCUUUCUACUGCGAGUGCCGCUCCAAAAACGACACACCUUCUUUGUUUCCUCAUUCUAGAGGCAUCUUGAGUGCACUCAAAAAUAAAGGAAUUGAUGCUGCCAUUGCUUCUAAAUCACCAACUCCUCACAUAGCAACCACGUUUCUUGACAAACUCGGUAUCGCCUCAAUGUUUGUCGCACAGGAAAUAUUUUAUAGCUCAACACACAAAACAGAUCAUUUUCAGAGAAUUCAAUCAAAGACCAGUGUCUCCUAUAACUCUAUGCUCUUUUUCGACGAUGAUAACAAUAACAUCAAAGAGAUUUCAAAAUUGGGAGUAACGAGUAUUUUGGUUAGAAAUGGUGUGAAUCUAGGAGUAUUUAGAGAAGGCCUCACUAAAUUCUCUCAAAACUGGGAUGCGUCAAAGAACAAGCAGAAAAGGCGUAAAUAA